AUGGAAAAUUCUAAACCUACCAAAACCCCUUGUUGCCUAAAUGUACGUCUUACUCCUUUUGAUGGUUCUGUUUUGGUUAAUCCCUCUGAGUACAGAAGUAUGAUGGGUGCUCUCCAAUAUUUGACUUUCACACGCCCUGAUUUGGCUUUUAGUGUCCAUCAGCUAUGCCAAUUUAUGAAUCCUCCUACUACUUCUCAUUUGGAGGCAACCAAGCGUGUUCUUCAUUAUGUGAGGGGUACUUUACAUUUUGGGAUUCAUCUUGCCCCUGGUCCACUUACCUUCUCUGCCUUCUCCGACGCAGAUUGGGCUAGAGACCCCACUGACAGGAAGUCUACCACUGGGAUGUUGGUUUUCCUUGGUUUAAGCCCCAUUUUUUGGUCUUCCAAGAAACAACCCACUGUCUCCUGUUCUUCCACAGAGGCAAAGUAUCAUGCCUUGGCUUCCACUGUGGUAGAGUUAGCUUGGCUUCGCACUCUGUUUAAGGAGCUUAAGCUUGAUGAAUCCUGUGAUAUCAAUGGGCUGAAAGUCUCGGGCGUUGAUGAGUUUGUGACUGAAUCCUGA